CGGGAGGCCAAAACCAUUGUUAACAAUAUAUCAGCGAGAAACCAAAGUGGAAGACGCGUUAAUGGCCCACCCAACAUAAGGCCAUCUCUGUGUAUUCUUCCAGACUUGAACAGUUGAGCAACACUGAGACAUGCCCUUCUUCUUCUUCAGCUCAGAUCUAUUUGGCGACUGCUCCUUUUGACAAUGUCAAGACCCUGGGUACUGGUUUGUCUUCUCCUGCUAAUCGUGUUUACGUCACAGUUAGAAUGGAAGCAGCAAUAUGGGAAUGAUGAGCCAAGUCCAACCCCUUCAAAGAAACAGCAAUAUAUAUCUGAAAGGGAAGAAGCUGUGAAAGAAAAGAUUAUCCUCUCUCAAGAGAAAAAUAUACAGAAACUUAAUGAUCUUGUGCGGAGUCUUCGAGAACAGUUGCUACAAUGUAGAGGUGAAAGUGAGGUUGUCAAUGGCACUGCCACCCCUUUAACCGAACUUCUUUCUGACCUUGAAAGGUCCUUUAAUGCUUGAAUGCCAGAAUGCAACAUCAAACCCUCAUCUCAUCUGGAUCUGUGAAGUUCAUGUCUUAGUCUUUUGACUUUCUACUGAAUAUAUAUGUAUCUGCGGCAGUCACUGGUAGUCAAAAAUGGUGGAUAAAAGCAUGCUGUUGUUCAUUAACCAAGGUUGAAAUGUGUUCCACUAAUUGCAUUUUUUAUUUAUUUAUAAUGUUUCUUUGAACAUCAUAUAACCUAUUACUUCAACACUUUAACAUCAAAUGGAUGGAAAGUAAUUUGAACUUGCAUC